CUAAUUAAUAACGACGCGAACGACGCAACGCGGCGUAUCACAAUCGACGAGCGCGAAAAAUUUAGGAAAAUAAAUAUUUUCCAUAUAGUUUCCGGAUUAACUGCUUCAAAAUGGUGGUCAACUUCAAGGUGUUUAAGAAAUGUUCCCCGAACAACAUGAUCACGCUCUAUAUGAAUAGGCGUGAGUUUGUGGAUUCUGUGACGCAAGUGGAGCCAAUCGAUGGCAUCGUGGUCCUGGACGAUGAAUACGUGCGCCAAAACCGCAAGAUCUUUGUGCAGUUAGUUUGCAAUUUCCGGUAUGGACGCGAGGAUGAUGAGAUGAUUGGACUGCGCUUCCAGAAGGAGCUGACUCUGGUCUCGCAGCAGGUGUGCCCGCCGCAGAAGCAGGACAUUCAGCUGACCAAGAUGCAGGAGCGUCUGCUGAAGAAGCUCGGCUCUAAUGCCUAUCCGUUUGUGAUGGCGAUGCCGCCCAGCUCCCCGGCCUCGGUGGUUCUGCAGCAGAAGGCCAGUGACGAGAGUCAGCCCUGUGGCGUCCAGUACUUUGUGAAGAUCUUCACAGGUGACAGCGACUGCGAUAGGUCACAUCGCCGCAGCACCAUCAACCUGGGCAUCCGCAAGGUGCAGUAUGCCCCCACCAAGCAGGGCAUCCAGCCCUGCACUGUCGUCCGCAAGGACUUCCUCCUGUCCCCUGGAGAACUGGAACUGGAGGUGACCCUGGACAAGCAGUUGUACCAUCACGGGGAGAAGAUUUCGGUGAACAUCUGUGUGCGCAACAACUCAAACAAGGUGGUGAAGAAGGUCAAGGCCAUGGUGCAGCAGGGCGUGGAUGUGGUGCUCUUCCAGAAUGGGCAGUUCCGCAACACGAUCGCCUUCAUGGAGACGAGCGAGGGCUGCCCCCUGAAUCCGGGCUCCAGUCUGCAGAAGGUCAUGUACCUGGUGCCCACUCUGGUGGCAAACUGUGAUCGGGCAGGCAUUGCCGUGGAGGGUGAUGUCAAGCGCAAGGACACAGCCCUGGCAUCGACCACACUGAUUGCCAGUCAGGAUGCCAGGGAUGCCUUUGGCAUAAUCGUCUCGUAUGCUGUGAAGGUUAAGCUCUUCUUGGGAGCCCUGGGCGGCGAACUGUGCGCUGAGCUACCCUUCAUUCUGAUGCACCCAAAGCCAAACCGAAAGGCCCUGGAAGCUGAGGGCUCGGUGGAUGCCUAAACGGAAACGAUUACCUCAAUUGCGUAUUUCUAUAUGUUUAACCGAUGUUUGUAGGCCUUUGUAAAAGCUGAUGUUGCUGAAAAUGUUCUGAACUGCAGUCGUCGUACUCUUCCUAUAUAGCAAAAUCAAUAUUCAUAUAUGUGUGUAUGUGUACUAUAAAUAUAACUCAACAAACCAUUAAAUAUGGCCAAAAUAUACAUGUAUUGUAUCUUUGCGGUGAGCUUGCCACACAAAGAUGCACAGAGCA